UUUUCUUUCCCAAUUCAGCUGAUUCUGAUUUGUACGUCCACAAUUUGAUAAAAAAGACGGGAGUAUCACCUGUAUCAAGUGUGGAUAAUGGCACCCCCAGCUGCCAGACAGAGGUAUAAUGCCAAUAAACAGGAGAAUGCCUUAACAAGAAAACCUCCAAAAAAGCUUAAUUCAGGAGCCAGCAAAAAGGAAAACAAAAAAUUGGGAGCGGCUAAGAAGAACGAAAAUGAUUCCACAGCUUCCUUGGACAAGAGAGAUGUAGUGCCUUCUGUGCACACAGCUUUUAAGACCUUUGUCAGUGCACGUUUGUGCAGCGCUAUUUGGGCAUACAUAUCGGACUGUGACGAGACCUACAAUUAUUGGGAACCGCUUAAUUACAUUAUAAAUGGGCACGGCCUACAGACUUGGGAAUAUAGCCCUCAAUUUGCCCUACGUUCAUAUACGUAUUUACUGCUGCAAGGAGUUCCCGGCUGGAUUUAUCAGAAGAUUUUCCAUCCAAGUCCAGUCUUAAUUUUCUAUAUGGUGCGUUGUAUGUUGGGUUUUGGCUGCGCCGUAAUGGAAAGAUUUAUGUAUAAAUCUAUUUGUCAGGAGUUUGGUAUACACAUUGGGCGUUUGUGGCUAAUAUUCCAGCUAUUUAGUGUAGGCAUGUUCAUUUCCAGUACUGCGUUAUUACCAUCUUCUUUUGCUAUGUACUUUGGAUGUUCAGCGCUAGCCGCAUGGUGGACGCAAAAGUAUCCAUUAGCAAUUUUCUUUGUUGCGAUUGCCUCGUUGCUUGGAUGGCCAUUUGCUGGUCUUAUUGGUGUACCAAUAGCGGUGGAUAUGCUUCUACGUAAACGUUUGUUUCGCACAUUCUUUAUAUGGGCUGGUAUUUCGUUUGCCACUAUUGCAAUACCUAUGAUUGUUAUAGACUCUACGUAUUUUGGCAAAAUAACAUUUGCGCCAUUAAAUAUUGUUUUGUAUAAUGUCUUCACAAAUCAUGGGCCUAAUAUUUUUGGCACUGAACCAUUGAGCUACUACUUGGUCAAUGGUUAUUUGAAUUUCAAUAUUGUUUGGCUUCUGUCCUUAAUUACACCAAUUAUGCUAAUAAUUGAUUACUUUGUGGUGCCGGCGAAGUCGAGCUCUACCCUUAACUUUCCCCGUUAUAUCACUCUAGCUCCAUUUUACCUAUGGCUUCUGGUUUUCUUUGCGCAACCACACAAAGAAGAACGUUUCCUUUUCCCGGUUUAUCCGUUAAUAUCUCUAUGUGGUGCCAUCACGGUGGAUGUAUUUCAACGCAUUUUUUUCCGCCUCAAAACCUUAAUAGUCAGUAUGAAAAAUGGGUCCUCUGGACCGCACUACCUUGACCAUACCAUGUUUAUUGCCAUAUUAAUAAUGAUUUUAAGUACGCUUACGGGCUUGUCACGAGUAUUCGCAUUGUAUCGUAAUUAUCACGCUCCCAUGGAUCUAAUGAUGGAACUGACACAAUUUAAGGCCUCACCACAAUACAGGGCAGAUCAAAUUUACAAUGUGUGUAUAGGCAAAGACUGGUAUCGGUAUCCGGGUAGUUUCUUUUUCCCCGCACAAAAUUUUCGAUUGCGAUUUUUAAAAUCAGAAUUCAAAGGCAUGUUGCCAGCAUAUUACGCAGAUGGAGAAAAUGCUACACAAAUAGCUCAUCCCUAUUUCAAUGAUAUGAAUAAGGAGGAUGAGCGCAUGUAUUUCCCCUAUGAUGAUUGUCAUUUCCUCAUUGAUUUUGAUGAAGGCAAAUACACUGAUCUAGAACCGAGCUAUUCGAAACGUACCAAAGAUUGGACCAUAAUGAAGAGCCUACCCUUUUUGAUUCAGGAGAAAUCGCACCGUUUUUAUCGAGCUUUUUAUAUACCAUUUAUCACUGAUAAUUAUACGUCAUAUGGAAACUUUAAUUUAUUAAAAAGAAAGAAAAUAAGGCAAAGUUAAA